UGUUUGGUAUGCCCUGGGACAGGGCAGCUUGUUCGCAGUAAUUCAAGGUUUUGACCGUGUAACAAUAUUGUUGUGCUAUCAUCGUCUCUGUUACAAAAGAAAUAAUUCGCCUUCCGGACAGCCGCGAAAUCUUGUUGGAUUUGAGUUUAGUUACGCGUAGAAUGGCCGCGGUUUUCGAUAUCGAGUUGCACGAUGCAGACACAGUAAAUAGGGACGAGUCAGACGACGAUGUUAUCGAGAUCGGCGAGGAAGAGUACGAUGCGAAUCCGAAUGUGAAUGAAAUAACCGAAUCGGAAGGUGUCGAAACGGUAGCUAUAUCGGAACAAAAUGUCAAUCGCGGACGGGAGAGAGCUGGACCGCAGGAUUUCGAACUUUGUAAAGUUAUUGGGAAGGGUGGUUAUGGCAAGGUCUUUCAAGUGCGUAAAAUAACGGGUAAUGACAGUGGCACGAUCUUCGCUAUGAAGGUCUUGCGUAAAGCUUCAAUUAUAAGGAAUCAGAAAGAUACUGCACACACUAAGGCUGAAAGAAAUAUCUUAGAAGCUGUAAAGCAUCCUUUCAUCGUAGACCUUAUGUAUGCUUUCCAAACUGGUGGAAAAUUGUAUCUGAUCCUGGAAUAUAUGUGUGGUGGUGAAUUGUUCAGACACUUAAAUGAUGAAGGAAUUUUCCUUGAGGAAACUGCUUGUUUCUACCUAUCAGAAAUAAUAUUGGCUCUUCAACAUCUUCACUUACAAGGAAUUAUUUAUAGGGACUUAAAACCAGAAAAUAUCUUGUUAGAUGCAGAGGGACAUAUAAAACUAACUGAUUUUGGUUUAUGUAAAGAGCACAUACAAGAUGGCACAGUUACACAUACAUUUUGUGGCACUAUAGAAUAUAUGGCUCCAGAAAUUUUAACAAGAAGUGGGCAUGGUAAAGCAGUAGAUUGGUGGAGUCUGGGAACCUUAAUGUAUGAUAUGCUUACAGGAUCACCACCAUUCACAUCUGACAACAGGAAGAAGACUAUUGAAAAGAUUUUGCGUGGUAAAUUAAAUCUUCCACAAUAUCUGACACCUGAUUCCAGGGACCUCAUUCGAAAAUUGUUGAAGAGGCAAGUUGCACAAAGAUUAGGAUCCGGUCCAUCUGAUGCGGAACAAAUAAAGAAUCAUCAAUUCUUCAAGUACAUCAAUUGGAACGAUGUUAUUUCUCGAAAGUUGGAACCACCUUUUAGACCAACAUUGACAAGUGAAGACGACGUAUCACAGUUCGAUAAAAAAUUUACGACAUCCGCACCAAUAGAUUCUCCCGCGGAAUACACGUUAAGUGAAUCUGCCAAUAGAGUAUUUCAAGGAUUUACUUAUGUGGCGCCUAGUAUACUAGAGGAUAUGUAUUCGCAACCACGGGUCAUAAAUGCUCGAAGUCCACGUAGAGGCAAUAUGCGUGGUUUUUCUCCGCGGGGAACACACUUUCAUUUACAUAAUAACCAUGUACAGAAUCAUAGACAUAACGGAGUUGGGCAUGGCAAUGUGGAAGAUACAGAAAUGAUCGAAAUAGGCUAACUGCCACUUUUUUUAUAGUGAAAAAUGCUUAGCAUUUCGGCCUAACUGCUGGAUAUCCAUGACCAAUCCUUGCGUCUCAGGGAGGAAUUUUAUAAAGAAUAUAGAUGGAGUAGCGAAAGGAUAGGUCCAAUAUCCAGUACUUCAUUGGAUAUUCAGCAGUUAAAUUUAGCUAAUUUUUUUUUUUUUUAAAUCAAAUGUAAUUAUAAUGAAGGUACUAAUUAAGAUUAUGCUUUAAGAGCAGCGACGCAGCAGUUAUUUGGUAGCAUGUAAUUAAAAAUAUAUAUAUUUGUGAGUUAAACAUGCUCUCGAAUAGGUAAAAUAAUCAAGAAGGGAAAGAUUUUUAUUUACUUAUUUGUCGUUGGUUACUGUGUAUUGAACGUCGUAACGAGAUGCAUUAUUCGCAUACAUUAUAGUCAAAAUACCGCAUACGUUUCAUUAACCCGUUAAUACGUAACCACUUAUUGUGUUUUUUGUACAUAACGAUCCGCAGGUUGGUUGGAUAUUCAUAUAUAAUGUAUAGAUACAUACGUCAUUUAUGCUAAGUGCGACAGACUGAAAAAUUCCAGCACUUUUAGAGGUUCAUAAAUUAUACUGUUAAUACACAAGUUUGAGGUUCAACCAUCCUGUAAUACCUGUAUAUUUAAAAAAAAACCGUACACAGUGCGUGUAAUUUUAUUGCGGUGUACGCAUGCUUAAGUGUAAUUAAUUAAAGAAAGAAAAAAAAAAGAAGGAAAGAAAUAAGAAGAAAAAACGAAUAAAAGACAAAUAGACUUAAAUAACGAAGACUCACAGCUGCCACAACCGCUCCGCCGCUCAAAAUUCCACAUCAGGUUGUUCAUUUUAAGAAAAUAUUUUCAGCAGUAAUAACGUU